AUUCUUUUUGGGGUUUGGUUUAGUCUCGAACAGCGAGUUACAACAAACGGUUUGUGGUAACCCAGUAAUCCUCGAAAAUGGUCAAAGAAAUUUUGAUCAUAAUUUGUUUUUCGGUUGCCCUAAGUGUACAGCAAUCUGAUCCAAAUGCAGACCACUACUGGGCAGGUGUUGUGGAGUUUAGCAUAGAAGAUCGAUCGGUGAAAACUCCUGCCGAAUAUACUGCUGAAGCCUUGGAUCGUUACAAACGAAUCAUCAACUCGGUCGAUGCGAAUCCGGUGGAUAUAAUAGUGUUUCCCGAAUACGGUCUCAACACCAUUGAGACGGCUUCUUUCGUGCCCAGCCCUAGUGACAAUCUAGCCCCUUGCAACCAUCUUAUGUACGACCCGAUCGUUCGGGAUCUAUCCUGUAUAGCUCGACAACGUCAGAAAUAUCUGGUAGUGAACUUAAUUGAAACAUCUCACUGCCCCGAGAGUUAUGAUUGGCGUGACUGUGCAGAGGAUGGUCUUUAUCGGUUCAAUACAAACGUAGUGUUCGAUCGAGAUGGGUUCGUCAUAGCUCGUUAUCGGAAAUCUAAUCUUUAUGGGGAGCGAGGUGUCAAUGUGACGCAUUCCCAUGAAACGGUUACUUUCGACACCGAUUUUGGUGUUCGUAUGGGGUUGAUAACUAGUUUUGAUAUUCUUUUUGGACAACCGGCUGCAAGUUUGGGCCAGCUAACUGACGUCACCGAUAUUGUGUUUCCGGCGGAAUGGUUUUCUGGGCUUCCAUUUUUGACAGCUGCUCAGCUUCAACAAGGAUGGGCUUAUCGACAUAACGUCAAUUUGCUGGCAGCCGGUAUUAGUUCUCCGGAAGCAGGAAGCACUGGAACUGGCGUUUAUGCUGGCAGGCGAGGAAGGAUCGUUUCGGUGAUGAAUUAUCAGGCUGAAGAAAAACUGUACAUCGCUCAAGUGCCAAAAAUCGAUCGUCCCUCGGCAACCAUCAGUCGGCACCCCGUCAUAAAAUACACACCAGCACAAAUGUCCAAACUGGCUCUCCUCAGGGAUCAGAUCGAUUCCUACGAGUAUGCCGAUCUUCCCCGGGUAUCAAACGCUAACUUCAAUCAGACACUUUGUCAGAAGGAUACUUGCUGCAACUUUACCGCAGAUUAUACCUUCACAAAUCCUCAGCAGGGUCAGAAAUUCUAUCGCUACCGCUUAGCUGUGGCUUCCGGAAUGCGUCGAUUUGGGGAAUCCGCUGGGGAAAGUGUCGUAAAGAUUUGUACCAUUUUGGCUUGCACUGGUGAUGCCAUUAGCAGCUGUGGAACUCACUUUGAGGAUGCUACGAAUUUGGUCAAUACAGUACGCUUCAACUCGAUUGAAAUAGAAGGAACGUUCCAGGGAGAAACGUUCGAUUUUAUGUUGCUACCAAGUACGCUUGAUUCCAGCAUUUUGCCACUAGAGGUGGAUGAAUUUGAUUUCAACAUCGAGGAUGUGGCGAUUGAUGGAUCAAAUCAUCAGAGGACAAGUUUGAAAAUGACUAAACCCCGAUCGGAUUUGUAUACUUUUGGAAUAUGGGGUAGAGAGUACUCUUUUUUUGUCAGUAAGGGAAUUCCAAUCGUUGAUAGUUACAUCUUGAUCACGGUUUCAGUUUUGUUAAAAAUUCUGUUUUAAUGUCCUUACUGUUUUGUAUGAUAUCUGUUUUGUUGUGAUAAUUAAUAAAAUUCGUCAUUGAAAUAUAACAUAACGGUUCGUUGGACAAAAAAAAAUGCUUGAACAGACCAAAAUCUUCAAUCGAUCAGUUAUUUCUUUUGAUAUUCCAAGGAUUGGCAAAACAAAAAAAAAUUCUUCAA